GAAAAUAGAUACAAUGGCGAAGCAGGAGCAGCAGCAAUGGAAUGCCUGUAGUAAUGGUGGUGGAGGAGCGAUUGAUAAUAGCAGUUGUAUUAGCAGAAGCAGCAGCAAUGGCAAUAGCAAUGGGGGUUUGCAAUUGCAGUCUUUUUUCAAAUCCAUAUUUUCCAAGGAUAACGACGAAAACAGCUUCAGAAAACGGGGGAAUGAGAGCUUCUUUGUUAAAAGAGACGGUGGUGAUACCGAUGACUAUGGAAACGACGACGACGGUUCCAGCGCAUGGGCUAAACUGCCCGUUCCUCAUCUUUCUCCUCUCGCUCGCUCCGUGAUCUCCCGUUGUUCCAAGAUCCUUCAGAUAUCACCUGAGGAUUUAUACCAGUGCUUUGACAGAGAGUUUCCUGAUAAAGUUAAACAACCUUCAAACCAUGCGAGGAAUUUUCUUGAAUUCUGUUCAUACCAAGCAAUUGAUCUAUCAACUACAGGUGCUGAUUAUCUAAGUAACAAGGAGUUCCGUCGCUUGAUGUUUGACAUGAUGCUGGCAUGGGAAUCUUCAGGUGUUGAGAAUGAUUUAUUAGCCAAUGAAACCACCUCUUGCCGUAACAAUGACAGGGAGGACGAGGAUAGCUGGUCAUUUUUCUAUUCCAGUUCAACAACUAUGGCUGUUCAGGUUGAUGACAAGAAAACUGUUGGUCUGGAGGCUUUUGCUCGAAUAGCUCCUGCCUGUCCAAUUGUGGCUGAUAUAAUAACAGUUCAUAAUCUUUUUGAUGUUUUGACAAGUUCUUCAUGUGGUCGACUUCAUUUCCUUAUAUAUGACAAAUACCUACGGAGUCUUGACAAAGUGAUAAAGGCUGUAAGCAAUGGAGCUAGCACACAAUUCAUGUCCAACCUGUCACUUGCUGAGGAAGAGAUCAUAUUAGAUAUAGAUGGCACAAUUCCCACACAACCAGUUCUGCAACAUAUUGGAAUCUCUGCCUGGCCUGGACGCUUGACAUUGACCAAGUUUGCUCUCUACUUUGAAUCUGGUGUUGGUUUAUAUGACAAAGCUGUGAGAUAUGAUCUUUCAACAGAUAUAAAACAGGUGAUAAAACCAGAAUUAACUGGACCGUUGGGUGCUCGACUCUUUGACAAAGCUGUGAUGUACAAGUCGAUAUCCAUGAUGGAGCCUGUCUUUUUUGAAUUUCCAGAAUUUAAGGGCAGUUCACGACGGGAUUAUUGGUUGGAUAUUAGUCUUGAGAUCCUACGAGCGCAUAGGUUCACUAGGAAGUAUAAUCUGAAAGGAUACCAAAAGAAUGAAGCACUUGCUAGAGCCACUCUUGGAAUUUUGCGAUACCGAGCAAUUAGAGAGGUAUUCCACAUUUUCUCUUCGAAUUACAAAACUGUGCUCUGUUUUAACUUGGCUGAGAGCCUCCCAGGAGGUGAUAUGAUCUUGGAAAAUCUGUCGGAUCGGUUUGCUCUUGUGAAAUCUGGAGCUGUUAGACGCGAUGUUUUGGCUUUGUCAAAUGUGAAAAAACAGAUGAUACUCCCUGUUUCUCUUCUAACACUUGGUAGACUUGGAAUUAUUUCAUGCAAAGAAGAAGGCAUGAAUACAGAAGCAACUUUUGGUCAAGGAGAUAUCUGUGUUGGUGAAAUAAGUCCUCUUGAAUCUGCCGUAAAGCAGUUAAAACAGAACACAGGAAGGGCAGAAGCUGCACAAGCAACCGUUGACCAAGUGAAAGUGGAAGGAAUUCAUACAAAUUUAGCUGUAAUGGAGGAGUUACUGUACCCACUUAUUGUAUCAUUUAAAUGGAUUCAACAGUUAGCCUCAUGGGAAGAGCCUUGGAAAUCUAUAUUGUUCUUGGUGUUGACUAGCUUUGCAAUAUUGAGGGGGUGGAUCAACUACAUAUUGCCAUCAAUUUCUGUAAUAUUUGCAGGUUUUAUGAUCUGGCAAAGGUAUACCAGCAAAAGGAGGCCACUGGAAGCAUUUAAAAUCAAAGCUCCUCCCAGUAAGAAUGCAGUAGAGCAGCUUGUAACAUUGCAAGAAGCUGUCCUUCAAGUUGAGGGCUUAAUUCAGAGUGGCAAUGUUGUUCUACUGAAACUACGGGCACUCCUUUUUGCUAUAGUACCCCAGGCAACAGACACAGUUGCGCUCUCAUUGAUUGUCAUAGCUGUGGCUCUUGCAUUUGUGCCUCUCAAGUACCUCUUCCUAUUAGCUUUUGUAGAGUCCUUCACAAGAAAUAUGCCCGCAAGAAAAGAAAGCAGCGAAAGAUGGUUCAGGCGUAUGAGAGAGUGGUGGUUAAGGAUACCAGCAGCUCCUGUUCAACUUGUAAAAGUUGAGGACAAGAAGAGGAAAUGAGUAGGAUGACAAACAUGACUUGCAUGUAAAUAGAAGUUGCAAGAUUGUUAUAUCCCUAAGCAAAUCAUCUCCGUAAUUGAGUUUUGUUUGACUUAUAAACCAUGAUUUUCAUUAUUUUGUAGGUUCUUUUUUUUUUGUGGACAAAAAGAAAUGGAACAUUUCAAGUUCCUCUUUUUGUGGACACGAAGCUGUGGACGACCUACAGUUUGAGCAUACUGUUUCCGAGUUUUGUGUUUCGGAAUACAGUAGAUUGAGGCAUUUUCCUGUGAUUGUUGAAAAAGUUUAAAUGUAAAUGAAUGAGAAUUGUUCUCCGUCA